AUGCGUUUUCCUGCCCUGCCGGUACUGCCUUUCACGUCCAUCAAGAACGGCGAAGCACCGUACAAGAAGUUAGAAAAGCGCACGGCGCAUAGCUUGGCUGGCAAGUUGCGUAAUAAGCAACGGAAGGAGUACGAGUUCAUGUGGCUAACGCGAUGUUCUACAACAUCUCCUUGGGAUGGUCUCUGUUGCCCUUCUUCACGCCCCCUUCGCAUCGGGCAAUGCCAAGUCCAACAAGGGGGCGGAAGGAAGAAGCGGCUCCCGUUUUCAUCUGCCGGCAUUAGCCGCACCAAUAGCAAUAAAGCCGAUGGCAGUAGGGAUUCGAGCGACAACAGCAGCAGUAGCAACGGUGCCAGAGGUGCAAACGCUAUCAGGGCGGCCGUGGGAAUCGACCUGGGUACCACCACCAGCGCGAUAGCAGUGGCGGGGCCUGACGGCAGGCCGAUGGUGGUGGAGGACGAGAAGGGGCGUGCCGUGAUACCGUCCGUUGUGUUUGUACGGCAGGACGGUUCCGUACUGGUGGGGGAGGAGGCCGCCGCAGCAGCAGAAUCGGAUCCCGCCAACGCAUUUUACGGCAUCAAACGGCUAAUGGGCCGUACGUACAGGGAAGUCGUACAGGAGCGGGACGAGCAGUCGCCGUACAUACCGUCGUCGCGGCCUCCGACCUCCAGCAUGACGCCGGGGGAGCCGAGGCUUUCGCGGGAGGAUGAGGUUUUAGCGGGUUAUGAUCAGCAGCGGCAGCGGCAGCGCCGGUUUCGGAGCUACUCUCUUGUUGAGGGACCUGACGGCUGUGUGCAGGUGUCCUGUCCGGCAUUUGGUCGUGACCUGACACUACAGGAGAUCAGCUCCCACUUGCUGCGUCAUCUCGUGUCGCGGGCACGCACCUUUCUGGAACGACAAAUUGUACGACAACAGCAGCAGCUGGGGGAGGAGCUGGGGGAGGGUGGGGUGGCGACUGGGACAGCGGGGGGAGGCGGAGGGGGGGAUCGGCGGUGUGUCAGCACUGUGGAGGUUCUGGAUGCCGUCAUUACCGUACCGGCGCACUUCGGCCCGACUCAGCGGCGAGCGGUUUCGGAGGCGGCCCGGGCCGCGGGCUUGCAGCGUGUGAGCCUCCUGCAGGAGCCCAUCGCUGCGGCCAUGGCGUACGGCUUCGGCUCGCCGCAAGUGCCGUACGAUGUACUUUUGGUGUACGAUUUAGGUGGCGGUACGCUGGAUCUGACAGUGGUGGAGGCGUUUGAGGGUAUCAUGGAGCAGCAGCGGGAGGAGGGCCUGACGGAGACCGAACUCAGUGCGGAGACGUUUGAGGAGCUCGUCAGCUGGGGGGCCAUCUUCCACCGGAUCUGGAUCCACGAGGGUGUGGAUCUGGUUCUGGAUCCCAGUCUGGGUUUAAAUCUGGAUCCAGUGUCUGUUCGGGCUCGAGCGGCAGCUCUCCGGAUUUGGAGGGCCCGGGGCGUCGCGAGGGAGCAGCAGCAUGGGAGUUCUCUAUCUUCCCGCCACAGCCGGCGGCGGCGGCGGCGGCAGCAGCAGCUGGUGACCACGAUGGCUGCGGCGGAGGCGGUGGUACGACAGCAGCUUCUGCUUCGGCGGCGAAGUACGUCGCGCCGCCGCGGCGGUUGA